AUGAUGUUUCUUUCACGCCUUUUGGCUGGUGCUAUUCUGGCUUCAUCGAUAAUAUCUGCUCAGAGUGUCUCCUACUGUACGGGUGAUGUAUGCUUUGCCGUCAACAUACCAGCCUCGACUGCUUCGAGUGGCUCGGGAGAUAUAUAUAUACAGAUGAGUGGACCAGAUACAAUGUCUUGGAUAGGUAUUGGACAAGGAUCCGCUAUGAGAGGUGCCAACAUUUUUGUAAUGUACGCCGAUUCGACUGGGAACAAUGUCACAAUCAGUCCUAGGCUCGGUGUUGGGCAUGUAGAGCCUAAUUUCGACACUUCUGCUCAGGUCACUUUGCUGGAUGGUUCUGGUAUAAUAAAUGGUCAAAUGGUAGCAAAUUUUAGAUGUUCAAAUUGUGAUAGCUGGAGCGGUGGAUCUAUGAGCUUCACUGAUUCUUCCUCGGCGUGGAUUUGGGCCCAUAGGACCGGCGCUGCAUUAUCGUCCAACAGUGUUGAUGCAGAUAUCGGUUUUCAUGACGCAUACGGAGUAGCCACUUUAAAUUUACAGACAGCUACCGGUGGAGAAAGUACAAACCCAUUCUUGACGGUUGGAUCCGUUUCUACGCCCAGCCAAACAUCCUCUGGCGCUAGUGAUGCUGCGAUUGGGCCAUCUGACAUAUCGAGAGUGACCAUCGCACAUGGCGUUUUGGCUGCCCUUGCCUACGUUAUUCUUUUCCCUUCAGGUGCGAUCGCGAUUAGGAUCUUUAAUUUCCGUAAUUUGCUAUGGCUCCAUGCCGGCUGGAUGGUCGGCGCUUAUAUAAUCGUACUUGCGUCACUUGGAAUGGGGGUAUGGAUUGCAUACAUGUCUAAUGUCCUCGGCAGCGCCCACUCAAUAAUCGGCCUUGUUGUGGCCGGAUGCUUACUACUUCAGCCUAUCACUGGGUUGAUACACCACAUGUUAUAUAAGCGUCGUGGUGGUCCCAAUGUUGCAACUUAUCCCCACGUUUGGUGGGGCCGUGCGGUUAUUACUCUUGGUAUCAUCAACGGUGGUUUGGGUCUGAGAGGGCGUCGUGGCAGUGGUAUAGAUGGAUCUGGAGCUUCGGUAAUCAGGGAGAAGUCAAGCACGGAAGGAUCCUACUUCCACGAUAACUCGUCGCCUCCUCAAUCUAUGCAGAGAACACAUGAUCCUGCUAGCUUACCUACAUCUCAUCGUACUUAG